AUGGCCGACCGCGUCAGGCGUGUCGGUCUGGACAUGGACGAAAUCAAAAACUAUUACCGCGUCUCCGUUUCGCCGCAGAGGCAUCACAGACUGCGCCAAUUCCUCAGCGACGAGCUCGACUCGCUUUUCCGCCUCGAUUUCCCUAGCCUCUCCAAGCAAGACCAGGUAGACUUUUUGCAGCUCCGCAACUACCUCCAGCGAACCACGCAGCAGCUCCAGGCUGAGCGGGAGCUCAACUCACAGAUUGAGCACAUCUUCCCGUUUUCUGACAUUGUCAUCGCGCUAUCAGAGGCGCGCGAAGCCGUCAAGCCAGUUCCGAGCUCUUGCCUUGCGACCCAGGUUGAUGAUGUCACAAAAUUGGCAAAACAGGCACAGGCCGACAUCGUCGCUGGCAAGAUUCAUGCCACAAAGACGGGCGCAUUCAAAGCCUCCAAGAUAACUGCCGAACUUCGAGGACACCUCGAAGAGCUGGGAAGCUUCUACGGCUCCUAUGAUCCAGCCUUUGACUGGUGGGUUGCGACGCCGCUAAAGGAGGCCGUCAACGCACUGCAAGCGCACAAGGCUGCCGUUGAGCGCCACCUCGUCGGCAUCGGACCCAAUGGCCAAGACGAAAUCAUCGGCCAGCCCAUCGGCCGAGAGGCCCUUCUCGUCGAGCUCGAAGCCGAGAUGAUUGCGUACAGCCCCGAGGAGCUGCUCGAUCUCGCCCACGACGUCUUCCGGUGGUGCGAGGCGCAGAUGAGGGAUGCCUCUAACGAGCUCGGCUUCGGCGACGACUGGAAGCGGGCGCUCGACUACGUCAAGACGCAGUCUGUGCCCCCCGGCGAGCAGCCCGCGCUCGCCAAGUCGCUCGCGCUCGAGGGCGCCGCGUACGUCAAGAAGCACGACCUCGUGACGGUGCCGCGCAUCGCCGACGAGACGUACCGCGCCAACAUGAUGAGCGCCGCGAUGCAAAAGGUCGCGCCCUUUUUCCUCGGCGGGCCCGAGAUCCUCAUCGCGUACCCGCUCGCCGACAUGCCGCACGACCUCAAGGCCAUGGUGCUGCGCGGCAACAACCGGCACUUUUCGCGCGCCACCGUCUUCCACGAGCUGGUGCCGGGCCACCGCCUGCAGCACCACUACACGAGCCGCCGCAACAGCCACCGCAACCUCUUCUCGACGCCCUUCUGGAUGGAGGGCUGGGCGCUGUACUGGGAGCUGGUGCUCUGGGACCGCGGCGACUUCUUCGUCUCGCCCGAGGACCGCGUCGGCACCAUGUUCUGGCGCAUGCACCGCUGCGCGCGCAUCAUCUUCUCGCUCAGGUUCCACCUCGGCGAGUGGACGCCGCAGCAGUGCGUCGACCUGCUCGUCGACGGCGUGGGCCACGAGCGCUCCACGGCCGAGGGCGAGGUCCGACGGUCGUUCAACGGCGACUGGGCGCCGCUGUACCAGGCGGGCUACCUGCUCGGCGCGCUGCAGUUUGAUACGCUGCGCAACGAGGUGCUGAGAGAGGGCCGGGUCUCGGAGAAGAGGUUCCACGACAGCAUCAUGCGCGGAGGCAUCAUGCCGGUCGAAAUGAUCCGCGCCCUUCUCCUCGACCAGCCCUUGUCGCCCGACUAUAAGCCCCAGUGGCGGUUCUACAAAAAGUCGUCCUACAAAACUGAACAGCGAUAG